CGCCCUCCUCGAGCCCGCUGUUUGCGCCCCGGCCUCGCCCGCGCUCGCGCCCCGCCCCGGCCCAGACCACCUCUGCGCCCGCCGGCGGGGGCCGAGCGCUCUGGGCUAUCGCGGCGUCUGGGCACCCCACCACCUCCACUGCCUCGGUCGCUGAGGCCGUGGUUCCGGGAACCGCGCGCGCCCCCGGCCGGGUGAGUCCCACAGAACGAGGGAACCGCAGGACCCGUGGGGCGCCAUGCGAGCCAGGGCAUCCCUCUUCUCUUGGACAGAAGAUUGGGUCUUGGAGUUCUUCCUCUGACAUCAGGAGGCUAACAUCCCCCAGCAGGCUCCGGAGCUCUCUGUGUGCUGUGCCCAUUUUACAGAUGAGAAAAUGGGCCUCUGAGAGGGCCUCAUUCCGGCUUUAGCCCAGAGGGUUGGUAUGAAAUAGCAAGGCCAGGCCUAGAAUUCCACCAGGUUUGUGUGCCCUCUGGACUCCCUUGACUGACUUCUUAGCCUGACACCCAGAGGCUUUGGGAGCCACUGCGCAUGCGCCGUAUCCCUCAUCGCUUUGCUGACCUGCGUGGAGAACCACAAAGGAGCCACAAGGUACAAGUUAACAGGCGAAGUUAAUAUCGGGAUGGAAGACGCACACUGCCAGGUUGACCCUGCCGUGCAGCGUGGCUAUAUGAGGUGGCAGCUGCUGUCCCUGCUGGAACUAGGGGAGGAGACAUGAGGCCAUAGUACUUCACCCACCCAAAAGGUUCACCAUGGCAGCCCAGCGCAUCCGGGCUGCUAACUCCAGUGGCCUCCCCCGGUGCAAGUCGGAGGGGACGCUGAUCGAUCUGAGCGAGGGCUUCUCGGAGACGAGCUUUAAUGAUGUCAAAGUGCCUUCCCCCAGUGCCUUGCUGGUAGACAACCCCACGCCUUUUGGAAAUGCAAAGGAAGUGAUUGCGAUCAAAGACUAUUGCCCAAACAACUUCACCACCCUGAAGUUCUCCAAGGGCGACCACCUCUACGUCCUGGACACGUCUGGUGGGGAGUGGUGGUACGCUCACAACACCACCGAGAUGGGCUACAUCCCUUCCUCCUACGUGCAGCCUUUGAACUACCGGAAUUCUACUCUGAGUGACAGCGGCAUGAUUGACAAUCUCCCGGACAGCCCCGAUGAAGUUGCCAAGGAACUGGAUCUGUUAGGGGGCUGGACGGAUGACCAGAAAGAAGCUGGCAGGCCCUAUAGUAAUAACCCUUUCUGGAAUGGAGUCCGGACGAACCCCUUUCUGAACGGGAAUGCACAGCCCAGUAUGGAUGAGCUAAACCCCAAGACUACCGUGGAUUUGCUCCUUUUUGACACGGGCACAUCUUCCUUCACCGAAUCCAGCUCGGCGACCACCAACAGCACGGGCAACAUCUUUGAUGAGCUCCCAGCCACCAAUGGACUCCACGCAGAGCAGCCUGCCAAGCGGGACAACCCCUUCUUCAGAAGCAAGCGUUCCUACAGCCUUUCGGAACUCUCCGUCCUGCAAGCCAAAUCGGAUGCUCCUCCGACAUCCGGCUUCUUCACGGGCUUGAAGUCACCUGCCCCGGAGCAGUUUCAAAGCCGAGAAGACUUCCGAACCGCCUGGUUGAACCACCGGAAGCUAGCCCGGUCCUGCCAUGACCUGGACCUGCUUGGCCAAAGCCCAGGUUGGGGCCAGACCCAAGCAGUGGAGACCAAUAUUGUGUGCAAGCUGGAUAGCUCUGGGGGCUCCGUGCAGCUUCCGGACACCAGCAUCAGUAUCCACGUGCCAGAGGGCCAUGUAGCUCCUGGGGAGACACAGCAGAUUUCCAUGAAAGCCCUGCUGGAUCCCCCACUGGACCUUAACAGUGACAGAUCCACCAGCAUAAGCCCUGUGGUGGAGGUGAAACUGAGCAACCUGGAGGUGAGUACCUUUAUCAUCUUGGAGAUGAAGGUCUCCGCCGAGGUGAAGGGCGACAUCUUUAGCAAAAGCACGGUAGUCCUGCAGUGCCUGAGAAGUGACUCAAAGGAGGGGCCUUAUGUGCCCAUCCCCCUCGCCUACAGCUAUGGGGACACCAUACAGGUACAGCUGGACAACCUGGAACCCUGCAUGUACCUAGCCAUCGUUGCCCAGGGCCCCAAUAUCCUCCACCCUUCCACCGUGUGGGACUUCAUCAAUAAGAGGGUCACUGUAGGUCUCUACGGUCCCAAACACAUCCAUCCAUCCUUCAAGACAGUGGUGACCAUUUUUGGACAUGAUUGUGCCCCCAAGACCCUCCUGGUCAGUGAGGUGACUCGGCAGGCUCCCAGCCCUGCCCCCGUGGCUCUACAGCUGUGGGGCAAACAUCAGUUCAUCCUGUCCAGGCCCCAGGAUCUCAGAGUGUGUAUGUUCUCCAAUAUGACCAACUAUGAGGUCAAGGCCAACGAGCAGGCCAAAGUAGUGAGGGGAUUCCAGAUGAAACUGGGCAAGGUUAGCCGUCUGAGCUUCUCUGUCAUCUCUCAGAACCCCAACGAGCUGUCCGACUUCACACUGAGGGUACAGGUCAAGGACGAUCAGGACACGAUCCUCACGCAGUUUUGUGUCCAGACUCCACAGCCACCCCCUAAAAGCGCCAUUAAACCAUCCGGGCAGAGGAGGUUUCUUAAGAAGAACGAGGUUGGGAAGAUCAUCUUGUCCCCGUUUGUGGUCACCACCAAGUAUCCAACAUUUCAGGACCGCCCCGUGUCCAGUCUCAAGUUUGGCAAGCUUCUAAAGACAGUAGUGCGACAGAACAAGAGUCACUACCUGCUGGAGUACAAGAAGGGUGACAUCGUGGCCCUGCUCAGCGAGGAGCGCAUCCGGCUCAAGGGACAGCUGUGGACCAAGGAGUGGUACAUAGGCUACUAUCAGGGCAAGGUGGGCCUGGUGCACACCAAGAACGUGCUGGUCAUCGGCAAGGCUCGGCCCGGCCUGUUCUCGGGGCCCGAGCUGAGCACCUCAGUGCUGCUGGAACAGAUUCUCCGGCCCUGCAAGUUCCUCACCUACAUCUAUGCCUCGGUGCGGACCUUGCUCAUGGAAAACAUCAGCAGCUGGCGGGCCUUUGCUGAUGCCCUGGGUUACGGAAACCUGCCGCUCACCUUCUUCUGCCGGGCGGAGUUGGACAGCGAGCCGGAGCGGGUGGCGUCCGUUCUGGAAAAGCUCAAGGAAGACUGUAACAACCCUGACAACAAGGACCGGAAGUCCUUCCAGAAGGAGCUGGUGAUGGCUUUGCUGAAAAUGGACUGUCAGGGCCUGGUGGUCAGACUCAUCCAAGACUUUGUGCUCCUGACCACAGCUGUCGAAGUAGCCCAGCGCUGGAGGGAGCUGGCAGAGAAGCUAGCCAAGGUCUCCAAGCAACAGAUGGACGCCUAUGAGUCUCCUCACCGAGACAGGAAUGGGGUCGUAGACAGUGAGGCCAUGUGGAAACCUGCCUAUGACUUCUUACUCACCUGGAGCCACCAGAUUGGGGACAGCUACCGAGAUGUCAUCCAGGAGCUGCACAUAGGCCUGGACAAAAUGAAGAACCCCAUCACCAGGCGCUGGAAGCAUCUCACAGGGACACUGAUCCUGGUGAACUCACUGGACAUCCUGAGGGCGGCUGCCUUCAGUCCCGCGGACCAUGAUGACUUUGUGAUCUGAGUGCAGUGAUGUGAUCUGACUACUCACCAGAGCUGGGACUCCGCCCACCAGAGCUGGGACUCCGCCCAUCAUCUCUCCACAAUGGGGACUGUGCCAUCCCUGGGUGGUGCAGGGAGGAAUGGCUGCUCAGGUCGAGGCCCACCUGCCAGCCACACCCAGGAGGGACCAAGGACUUUUGACUCUUUCCCUCCCCUCUAUCCAGGGGCAGGUCCCAGGGGCUUUCUACUUCCAGUUGCCAAUUGUGUUGCUUUCUAUUUGUUGAAAUGUACGUUUAAACUUAAAAUCACUUUUUUAAACAGAAGACUUAGAGAGGACAUAAGAAAGGUGGUAUCUAAUUUUUUAAUGGACUGUAAAGGUUAUUUAAAAAAAAAUUCACCUUAGUAAAGGCAAAUGCUGUUGAGGUUUUUAUGUUCUUUAAAGGCCUUUUUAAAUUAUGUUCCAGGUGUAUACAGAUUUUUUUUUAAGGCCAUAGGUGUUAAAAAGGUGUUUCUGAGUCCCAGACACAUCAUAUAUUUUGACACUCAGAGUGGGAAAGGAGUUGGCUCCAUGCAGACAUUUUCCACUUGUCGCCUGUGAGAAGGCAAGUUCGUGGGCCUGAGGCUGCCCACCCUUCCUUCCUUCCACCUUGCUGUCCUCAGUGGCCAUCUACACACCAUGUUGUUCUGUGUGCUUCAGUGAGCUGCAAAGUACCAUUGAGAUUGGUACCGCAUGGCAGCUCAGUACCAUUGAGAUUCUUCCAACAAAUAAGAAAUCAGCUGGAGUUGGGGGGUCCCUGUCACCCCUAUGUAUUUGGUGAUUUAUAGUAAGCAUUCUGAGGAACAAUGCCCCCUGAAAACAAGGUGGUCCCUGCCACUCUGGGCCAUUAUCUCCCUCAGGGCAGCUCUGCCUCUGCUAUAGGUGGGAAGAACGCCCUAGCACCCAGCCAGAACCUGGUGGCUCCUGGCUCUUCCUGUGUGCACCAUGGUCACCUGGUGACUUUUCAGGUGACAUCACAUGCUGGCGUGUAGAGGUGCCAUUUGCCAUUGCCAAACCCUGCAUUUCAUCUCACGUUUAACCACCUCCUUCCUGAUGCGCCUACAUCUCCUUAGGGAAUAAUAGUAAAAAGGGGAUAACGCAGUUAUCCAGCAGUAUAAAUAUUAGCAUGGAGAACAUUUUCCUUGUGUGAUGCUCUCUGGAAAGUUGAGAGCUUGCAGGCGAUUGUAUUAAAUUUCAAGGUGGUGGGUCAUGUGGUCCAUGUUGACUUCCAGGGUCACACAGUAGCUGUGGCAUUUGGGGAAGAAGCGGGAAGUAGAACACACAUCAGAAAGAUCAGCAGUUAAGUGACCCUGGUAAUGGGAAAGAUGUGGGCUGUCUGCUUACAGGGGCAGUCCCAGAUCCUCCGUCUGCUUUGCAGUGUCCAACCUCGAGUUGAGCUGAAAUGUCUAUAGUUUCUGAAUCAGAACCCACAGACCAACCGGCUUAAAAGUAAACAGUAUGUAUUAAUGCUGCAAGAACCAAAUAACAGGACUCCCUGGUUACCACAGUAAUUCCCCCCACUCUGCACCUUCAUCUUGCCCAGAGAGCAUCUCUUACUGCCUUUUUCCCCAAAGAAGAAACAAAACCAGUUGCACCUUAAACCACGGAUGUUUUUCCUCAGGGGCUUUGAAUAGUUUCCUAUGCAACAAGUCUUGUAGCACAAAUUAAAUUCUACAAAAGUUGCAGUAAA